AUGCCUGUUGAUAAGAUACAUAUUCCGGAUGACCCGAGAAUCAAGCAUUGUUCUUCAAUCGUUAACGGAACAACAUACGGAUACAUUCUUGCAACGCCUCCAGAUGGAAAGUAUCAAGCAACAGUCUUUUUGAUUCAUGGUUUUCCGGAUCUGUCCAUGGGCUGGAGAUACCAAAUUCCCACCCUUCUCGAUCUUGGCCUAAGGGUAGUUGCGCCUGACUGUAUUGGUUAUGGACGGACUUUGGCAGCAGGUUUAGUUGACCAUUCACAGGAAGCUCCGCAGUUUACCCCCGAAUCCGCCUGGCGAUAUGGCUACAUGCAAUGUGCCAAAGACAUGAAGGAGCUUGCACGCCAACUGGGCUCCUCGCAAGUUAUUCUGGGAGGCCAUGACUGGGGCGGUGCAGUCGUUUAUCGUAUUGCUCUUUAUGAGCCGGCAUUUGUCACCCACUUAUUUUCAGUCUGCACCCCUUACUGGCCGCCGACCAAAGAGUUUCAGCCACUUGAAAAGGUAGUGGAAAAAAUACCAUUCUUUGGCUAUCAGGUUCAGUUUGCGAAUGGCGGUUUGGAAAACAUCCUUCGGUCUAAGGAACAGAUUCGCCAGUUUCUAAAUGCCAUAUACGGUGGCCGGACAGCAAAUGGUGAAGGAGCUCUUAGUAUUGAGAAGGGUGUACUUUUGGAAAAGUUACCGGGCAUCCAGCAGACUCCGUUACUUAGUAAAUCGGAAAUAGACUACUAUGUUGAUGAAUUUUCAAGGACCGGCUUACAUGGGCCAUUGAGCUGGUAUCGGACUCGAGAGCAAAACUGGAAGGAAGAACAGGGAUUCCUCGGCAGAUCUAUUGAUAUCCCCGUUCUUUUCAUCUUAGCAACCAAUGAUACAGCCCUACGACCAGAGCUUUCGCGAAAUAUUGACCGAAACCUCAAAAAUUUAACCAAAGGCGAGGUUGUUGCUUCGCAUUGGGCUCUCUGGCAGGCCCCAGAAGCAUGCAAUGCGCUUAUUAAGAGGUGGUUUGAAAGUGUCGUGUUUGCAGGAAAGGAAAAACUUUAA